AAAGUAAACAACGUUUCUGAUAACCUUGCACAUUCAAAACAUGUCACAUCACAAAAACACCAUCCUGGAAUACACAAGAUAUAGACUUAAAAACAACCUUAUCAGAAAAGAUAAAUGUAUCGAUGUUGUUCUGUUCCAGAUCCACCUUCCUCCUGCCUGGGCACCUUUAUCAGAGGGCCUGUGGAGUCACAAGUGAUGUUUUGCACUCAAGGAUGUCAAGAAAACUGCUGCCUGUUUACCAUACUCAGACCUGAGUCUGCACUUAUGUUGUUCUUUAUUUUGUUGUUUGUUUGCAUUGUGGGAAAAAGUAUCCCUGUAAAAGAAGGCCACAUGUUUGUUUGUGUGUGCGUGUGUGUGUGUGUGUGUGUGUGUGAGACCGAAGCUGCAACAUAACUGGGCUACGUUUGGGCUGGAUCUGUCCCAACAGUAACUGCUAUCUGGUGUGGGAACCCCCACUGUGAUUCACACAGUAAUCUGGCGAAGUUUCACCUUUGUCCCCUGAACACACACACACACAUACAGAGCUAAUCCAUACACAGUGAGAGCACAUACUCAAAGACACAAGCUGAAACUUGGAGCUCACGAACCCUUCCAUUAAGCGUGGAUUUUCCUCAGAACCAACACACAGACACCAUCGGACCGAAUACACAGAAUACUCAACAGAAAGAGGAAAGCCUCACACACAGGCCUAAUACACAGGCAUUGUAUGCCUCUCCGGGCAAAUCUCUCGGACAAGACGCCUCGGAGAGAGACAGAGAGAGAGAGAGAGACUGCCAACCCCCCAGAGGACACUCUAGCCCAGAACCAGACCGAUGUCUCUGGUCUCCAGCAAGGGUUGCAGCAGAAUGGAGCUUCUGAAUCUCUUAAUGGAGCAGCAACCAAUCACAAUGGCUCAGUGUCAAGGAGACGGGCGGCAUGGCAACCACAGCUGGCCAAUCACAGACCUCCAACAGCCCCUGUCUCCUGUAGGUGGCACUGUAGAGGACUUCCUGGACUCUCUGCUGGACGAGUGUGUGUCCGGUCCCUCCUCCUCCUCCUCCCCGUUCUGGGCCUCCUCCCCAUCGGACAGUGGCAUCAGCGAUGACCCGCAGUCUGACCAGCUGGACAGCCCCCCACCCCCAAUGCUCCCCGCCAGCCUUGACCAGCUCUACUUCCCCUCCACGCCGACUCUUCCUCACCCACCCCAUCAUCCUCAUCCUCCUCCUCCUCAUCAUCAUCAUCAUCAUCAUCUUCCUCCUCAUCAACAGCAGCAGUCUCUAGUCACUGGGAUGCUGUUGGAUGCUGCUGAACCAGAUAUUUCUAUCGACCUUGGAGGAUGGGAUCCAUCUUUCUACUCCAGUGUUCCACCUCAGAUGCAACAGAUGAACUCCAGCUUCCCCCUCACUGUUAAAGAUCUACUGCUCUCAGGAACUGCAGAACAGUCUAAGCAGUCCAGUCCAGCCAGUCAGCAGGACCUGGUGCUCAAUGAAGAUGAGAAAAAGCUGCUGACUAAAGAAGGGGUCAGUCUGCCCACCCAGCUACCACUGACCAAGUAUGAGGAGAAGAUUCUUAAGAAGAUCCGCAGAAAGAUCCGGAACAAGCAGUCAGCACAGGAGAGCAGGAAGAAGAAGAAGGAAUACAUUGAUGGUCUCGAAGAGAGGAUGGCAGCCUGUAAUGCACAGAAUCAAGAGCUGCAGAGGAAAGUAUUUCAGCUAGAGAAAAACAACACCUCUCUGCUGGAACAGCUGCGGAGGCUGCAGAGUUUGGUCAUGUCCAGCAGCAACAAACCAGCACAGACAGGGACUUGUAUUCUGGUACUGCUGCUGUCCUUUUCGCUGAUCCUCUUCCCCAGUCUGAAGCCCCUCUCACGCAGCCGGGUGGGAGACACAGCAGACAUCAGCUCAGCCCGAGUCCACUCGCGGUCACUGCGCUCAGUGGUGGAGGUGCACGCCUUCUCCCCUCGGCACCCCCUGCAGGCCGACACAGGCGCUGCGACUGCCCUGUUGACCAAGCUGAAGCUUCCACUGCGUCCGGGCUACGCCGACAUGGAGUUGAGCAUGGCCGUGCCCCCCCAGGUACACAACCACAGUAGCCUGGAGCCCCCCCACCCUGACCACCUGCACCACCACGACCCCAUCACUGGACGGGGGGCAGUAGGAGUUGAGGGUGCUCACACCUGGAUGGCCCACCCUGAUGCAGCCCUGCUUCGUCGCCGUGACGACCGAUGAGCCGCUGAUGCUGCUGCUGUUGAUUGUUUUUUCUUUAUUUGUUUGUUUGAUUUUCUGAUAUUUGUUUGUGUUUGCAUUGUUUGUGUGCCUGUACAUGUUGAUUGUGACUGGCCAUGAGGCUUCUGUAAAGUUAAAGACAGGGAGCUUUCACACUGGAAGCAUUUAGCUGAUGAUGCUCUGGUGAUCAGUGACCUCUGACCUUUGAGCUGUGUGUCUCCACACUCAUGCCUUCCUGUCCUGUGUGUGAGUGUUUUACUGAUAGGGAUCAGGCCAGUCAGUUCUCCUUUGGCUAGACAGACAUUUCAGCAAAAUUACUCCCUGUGUGUGGAUUUGUAUUAUUUUAUUACUUUAUUUCUUAUGAAAUGACAAAGAACAAAAAGCUUAUUGUAAGAGUGUAAAGAAUACAUUUGGUUAAAAUUGUGAAAAGUAAAAUCCA